ACUUCAUAACCUGGGUAGAAUCGGCUGACACAGAAUACCAGAACCUCGGAGAGCCACGAAUCUUGAGACGUGCAUUCAACUGACUAGUAGGGGUCGCGCACAAUGUCACUCACGGUCACCAUCUCUCACCGGGCUAUCUACCCCGCCGCGGCGAUCGUGUCAACGUUCUGGCUGUCAUUCUGGCAGACGAUGAAGGCUGUAGGUGCCAGGAAACGAGCCGGGAUUGAGUAUCCGCGGGUGUACGCUGAGAAGGCGGAAGCGGAAGAGUCGAAGGAAGCAAUGAUCUUCAACUGUACUCAACGUGCCGCCUACAACACGAUUGAGCACCUACCAGUUGUGAUUACUAGCACCAUCAUCACUUCCGUGAAGUAUCCGGUCCUCGCAGCCAUGCUAUGCGGCAUCUGGUCCCUCUGCCGCUUCGUCUACACAAUCGGCUAUAGUACCGGCGAUCCUCUCAAGCGUAAUAUCUACAAUUCUGGGAGGCUCCAUACGUUGGCGUGGCUCGGUCUCAUGUGCACUGCGAGCGCAGCUGUCGUGCACCUCGCAGUUGAUCACCUUGUAGUCGCAUAAAUCAGUUCAACUACCAUUCCCCCGCGUAACUGGGCCGUCCGCUUCAAUAGAGACUGCCAUAACUCACCGGCACCGUGACUCACCCUGACCCUAACACGACGAUCCUCCUCCCGUUCAAGUUGUCAGAUACGAAGUCGGCCUACGAGGAACUAUGCACUGACAGCGU